AAGUCGUCGACACAAAUAUCGUCGGAUGUGUUGAAGAAUGAGUACAGUUUCAACGACAACAACAUCAGCGAACUGAUCCGUACGGGACUACUGGCCCGACACCGAAAUCCGGGCCACUUUCUGCUAUCUGUGCCAAACGCCGGCGAAUUUGCCAAAACUUUUGAUUUCGGCAAAAAGUUUUUGCUUUCAAUUAUCAAGAAAUGUAAAUAUAAAGAGAUUUUGGGUUCGGAACUAAUGAAGAGACGACUUCCUAAAGACAUGAAGUUUAGUUUGGAAUAUCAUAUCUACGAUCUCAUCGGCUCUCAAGUCAUUCACACAGUCGAGACUCCAAACGACACACUCCUCAGAAUGACCUGAAAAUCAAAUUACCAUAAAAUAUCAUCAAUUUAUAAAUUCCGUGCAUUUAUUUAUAUUAAUAUACAAUGAAUUUAAGACUUAAUUCAAGUCUAAUGUUUUUAUAUAAAAUUUUCAAUUAUUGUUAAGUUUAAUGAA